GAGCCAGCCCCCCUUCCACACCUUCCUCUCCCUCCCUGCCGCUGCUGCUUCUUCGCUCCUCCCCGCUCUCGCUCGGCGUUGCUCCCUUCCUCCUCCCGGUGUCCACUCUCCACUCACCACUGGCUCCGUUCCGUUCGGCGCUUGACCGACCUUCGCCCCGAGGGCUGAGCUACUGCCUACUCAGCUGCCGCUUCUUCUUGCUCCGGCGACCCGUCACGGACCGCGCUGCGUGUGGUCUGGGAUGGAGCGGUACGAGGUGAUCAAGGACUUAGGGUCGGGCAACUUCGGGGUGGCCAAGCUGGUCCGGGACGUCAGGACCAAGGAGCUGUUCGCCGUCAAGUUCAUCGAGAGGGGCCACAAGAUCGACGAGAAUGUUCAAAGGGAGAUUAUGAAUCACAGAUCUCUAAGGCAUCCAAACAUUGUUAGAUUCAAAGAGACUUAUGCAAAAAUGUCCUGGCUCAAGCUUCACCCACAGGUUGUGCUAACUCCCACGCAUUUGGCCAUAGUUAUGGAAUACGCUGCUGGUGGCGAGCUAUUCGAAAGGAUAUGCAGUACUGGAAGAUUUAGUGAGAAUGAGGCUAGGUUCUUCUUCCAACAACUGCUUUCAGGAGUCAGCUAUUGCCAUUCCAUGCAAAUUUGUCAUAGAGAUUUGAAACUAGAAAAUACACUCUUGGAUGGGAGCGAAGCGCCGCGGCUCAAGAUAUGUGAUUUCGGUUACUCCAAGUCGUCUGUGUUGCACUCUCAGCCGAAAUCGACCGUUGGCACUCCAGCUUACAUAGCUCCGGAGGUCCUUUCUAGAAGGGAAUAUGAUGGGAAGGUCGCUGAUGUUUGGUCCUGUGGAGUAACACUAUAUGUUAUGCUUGUUGGCGCUUAUCCUUUUGAGGACCCUGUCGAACCAAAGAACUUCCGCAAGACAAUUACCCGGAUACUCAGCGUACAAUACGCAGUACCUGAUUACGUCCGAAUUUCAAUGGAGUGCAGACAUCUGCUGUCCCGGAUUUUUGUUGCAAACCCUGAGCAACGAAUAACCAUCCCAGAGAUCAAGAACCACCCAUGGUUCCUGAAGAAUCUGCCCAUUGAGAUGACCGACGAGUACCAGUUGAGGCUGCAGAUGGUUGGCAUCAACGCGCCCUCCCAAACCCUGGAGGAUAGCAUGGCCAUCAUCCAGGAGGCGCGGAAACCGGGUGACGGGUCCAAGUUCGCUGGGCAGUUGUGCGUGCCCGGCCUAGGGAGCAUGGAGCUCGACGACAUAGAUGCUGACGACAUCGACGUUGAGGACAGCGGUGACUUCGUGUGCGCGUUGUGACGAGCGGUUGUGGUUCAGGCUUGAACAAUUCCCCUUUGUGGUCUGGUCUUUGUCAUGUGUUCAUCCUUUUGUUGUGUCGCUGUUGGUUUCAGAGUGCCCCACACUCUGUAUGUUGUAUGGCAUAUUUUCUGUAACCGAGGUAGUGACGCUGUGGAUAAGUAUAAUAUAUAUACUUCCAUGUGUUGCUGAUGUUCUUAGCUGGAUUACUGAUUUCUUGCUUCC